UAGUCAAAUGUCAUUAUUGACGUGAGAAGUUGAGUGCAGUCGAAACGAAAAGGCUCAGAAAAUUCAAUACUCGAAAAUGUCGCUGUGGUCAACCCUGAAUCGAAAUGUGUUCAAAAGAACAUCAACUUUUGCUGUCGCUGUAGCAGGUGGAACGUUUUUCUUCGAAAGAACCUUCGAAGUUAUAUCAGUUACCAUUUUUGAAAGUAUAAAUAAGGGAAAACUGUGGAAAGACAUCAAACACAAGUACGAGUAAUGUGUCAGAAAAUGAAACACCACUGAAUUAAUUUCUUAGUUAUAUUGUUAACAUGAUUAAAUUAUAUUAAUUUACAUA